UACACACACAAACACAACACAUAAAUACAAACUCUCUACUCCUAUUAUUGCCUCUUUUCCUUCAUCAUCACCACCAAUUCCAUUCCCUCUUUGCUACUAUUUCUUUUUCAAACCUCCAAACCAAACAGGGUUUUUCUCUUCUCUUCUUUUUCUUUCUCUUCUCUUCUCUUUUUUAUUUUUUUAAUUUUCAUUUUUUUCACACUCGAAUUUUCUUCUCUUCUCACAUCGAAAACUUCCCCUUUUUGAUUCUCUGCAAAAUCACUUUUUGCCUCUCCCAGAAUCAAAUUCCCUGGAAUUCCAAUUCUGGGUCGUGUUUGUUUUCUUCAAAGACUCAAACGAGACGAAGCAAAACGAUCCUACUGGUUCUUCUUCUCUCGUAGUUCGUGGAUACCCGUGAUUGUUUUUGGCUGAAAGCUGCUUAUUUGGUUACUGGUUUUUGCUAACCCAAGCGGUAGAAGAUGGUUAGAGUGAAGAAUCAGAGUGAUUGUUGAAGUAGUGAGGUUUAGGGUUUUUGGUGGGGUUGUGGUUGAAUUAGGGUUUAGGGUGCAUGAGAGGUAGAAUUGUGCUGUGAUGGAUGUGGAGGGAACUGGGGAGUUGGUGCCUUUGGACCCAGAUAUGUUGCAGCUUCAGGAAGUGUCUCCUAUUGCACUCAAAUCGAAUCCUUAUGUUGCUGAGGAGCUUUUCUCACAGUGGCUUUCGCUUCCGGAUACGUGUCGCCUGGUUAAGUCAUUGCUUGCUGAUGCAAAGGCAGGAGCUCCAUUUAGUGCUCUUGAGAACUUAACAAAUACAAACGCUCUUUCAAGCAACCCAUUACCGAACUUAUUUCCUGCUGGGAGUACACCACCACUUUCCCCACGCAGUUCAUCUGGUUCGCCACGUACCAUGAAACAGAGAACUAGUCCUUCUUCAUUAGGUUCUCCACUAAAAUUAGUCCGUGAACCUGCAAGGGAAAUCAUUCCUCAGUUCUACUUCAAAAAUGGUCCUCCUCCUCCAAGUGAACUAAAAGAGCAUUUCCUGUUUCAAAUUGAGAGUCGAUUCUAUGGUCAUUUGGAUGGUCUGAAACUACAUGAAUUUAAGGCUGUUACAAAAGAGAUCUGUAAACUUCCCUCAUUUUUCUCCACUGCUCUUUUCAAAAAGAUUGAUAUUAGUUUUACUGGAACCAUAACUAGGGAUCAAUUUAUUGACUAUUGGAUUCGGGGAAACAUGUUAGCUAUGGAUUUACCCACACAAAUAUAUACCAUACUGAAGCAACCACAUCGAUCAUACCUUGUACAGGAUGAUUUCAAACCUAUAUUGAGGGAACUAUUGUCCACUCAUCCUGGAUUGGAGUUUUUGCAAAACACGCCUGAAUUUCAGGAAAGAUAUGCUGAGACUGUCAUCCAUAGAAUAUUUUACUACAUGAACAGAUCAGGAAAUGGCCGACUUACCCUGAGGGAGUUGAAACGUGGGAACCUAAUUGAAGCCAUGCUGCAUGUAGAUGAGGAAGAGGAUAUUAACAAAGUUCUGAGGUACUUCUCAUAUGAGCAUUUUUAUGUCAUUUACUGCAAAUUUUGGGAGCUCGAUGCAGAUCAUGACUUUUUGAUUGAUAGAGAGAACCUUAUUAAAUAUGGGAACCAUUCUCUUACAUAUCGGAUUGUUGAUAGAAUUUUUUCCCAGGUCUCAAGGAAAUUCACCAGUAAAGUUGAAGGGAAGAUGAAUUAUGAGGAUUUUGUUCAUUUCAUACUUGCAGAGGAAGAUAAAUCAUCUCAACCCAGUCUGGAAUACUGGUUCAAAUGCAUUGAUUUGGAUGGAAAUGGAAUACUGACAUCAAAUGAAAUGCAGUUCUUUUAUGAGGAGCAGUUGCAUCGGAUGGAGUGCAUGGCCCAAGAGCCAGUGCUUUUUGAAGAUAUAUUAUGUCAAAUAGUUGAUAUGAUCGGACCAGAGAAUGAUGGAUAUAUCACAUUACGAGAUGUAAAAGGCAGCAAACUUUCUGGAAAUGUCUUCAACAUUCUUUUCAAUCUCAACAAGUUUAUUUCUUUUGAGACUCGGGAUCCGUUUCUCAUACGUCAGGAACGCGAGGAUCCAAAUAUGACAGAGUGGGAUCGUUUUGCGCAUAGAGAGUAUAUUAGGCUUUCUAUGGAAGAAGAUGGUGAAGAUAUGUCAAAUGCCAGUGGAGAUGUCUGGGAAGAAUCACUUGAGGCCCCAUUCUGAAAUUAAUUAGGUAAAUGGAAGGCAAUGGAUGCAUGUGCUUCUAAGAAUCUGUGCACUCUAACCCUUGAAUAUGCAAGCGGUAUAACAUUUGAAGAGGCUUUGGCUGUAAAUGUCUAAUGGUGGUUUCUCUUUAAAUCUGUUUAGCAAGAAACUAAGAACAGCAACAGGGUACUAGCAGGUGCAGAUUAUUUGUUCUUGUUCAUAUACUUUUUUUUUAGAAUUAUCCGUAAUUUCUGUAAAAAAUCCUUGAAGUCUUUUUUUUUUUCACCUCUGAGUUUUCAUUUUUUUUCCUUUACAAAUUUUAUAAUGGUUAAUUGUAUUAAACUUUCGAUGUGUUUCGUUUGUUUAUUAUAGUGAAGAGAAAAUGCCAUAUCAUCGUUAACCUAGA